UAACGCCUUCAAAAAUACUGGAGAUAAAGGAAUGGAAGCAGAGGGUCCUGCUGGAGAACCACCUUCUGAACAAGACGAGACAGAAAGGAAUGGUGCUAGAAAUUCUGAGAAAAGCGAUGAAACUUCUGAGAAAGAGAAGAAUCUCAUAAAAACCAAAAGCAAUCAAAGAAGGCCUUAUACCUCAAGACAGAGAAAAGAAUUCCAAGGAAAGACUAAAGACUCAAAAAGGGAGCAACAAUGUGCCUCUAAAGGUGAUUCUAUUGACAGUCAGAAGACUUUAGACGACAAUGAAACUGAAGGAAACAAGGAUGUAAUCAGUUGGUUAAACAAAAGAAUGUCAAAAAAAGAAGAUAGUUCUUCAGGUGAAAGAAAUGUUGCUGUAGAUGUUAAGGACAAGCCAAGGGAUGAAGGAAGGAACAAAAGUCAAAAAUUUAUAAAACGAAAAGAUAAGAAAUUUGUGGGCAAAGAGAGUAUUAAGAGUGAAGAGCAAGAACAACCUAGCCAGGGUGUUCAAGUACUAAGCUACAAGUCAAGUGAAAAUGAAAAAUCAAAGCAAAGAUCAAGAAUGCCAAGGAACAAAAAUCCAAAUUUUAGAUCAGAGACCAAGAAUUCUGAUUCUUGGAGGGGUAGGCAGAGGAGUGGAAAAUUGUCAUCAAGGGAGGAGAGGGAUAAACAUCAAGAACUUGACAAGAAAGAUUCCAUUGUCAGUGCAGACGAAAACGUGAUAGAAAUAGGAACAAAUGUUAAUGUUGUGAAUGGAAAAUAUGUUGGAAGAAGAGAAAAACAGGAAAAUCGUCAUGAUUAUUCAUAUGAUAAUCAGUUUUCUGGAACUCAUUAUUAUCCUCAGGAUUAUUACUAUCAACAAGGUUUUCCAUAUGGUGGAGUCUAUGGUGUACAUUUACCUGUACCUUAUGAUGCUUAUUUUCAACCUUAUGGAAUGGAGUUUAAUAAUGCAGUUUAUUGUUCCCAAUAUCAGGAUUAUGGAAAUGUCAAUCAGAAUUUUUAUCAAGGGUAUCAACCCCAAAACCAAGAGCAAUUUGAAAACCAUUCGGUCACUGUAACAGACGAGGAUGAAAAAUCAAAACCUAGGAAUAAUAAAAGACAAAGAUAUCCCUUCAAAGGGUACAGAAAUCGACAGAUUAUUGGAAAUUCUAAUGUUAUUGAUGCAAGCCAUUCAGAACAAGCUGGAAUGUUAACUGAACAGUUACAAAAUGAAAGUUAUGAGUGUAUGGUAUGUUGUGAUAAGAUAUACUGUAGUGCUGCAGUAUGGAGCUGUGAUAAUUGUUACCACGUCUUCCACUUGAAAUGUGCCAGGAAAUGGGCAAGGUCUCCUAUGGCAGUUAUAGAAGGGGAGGAUGGUGGCUGGAGAUGUCCUGCAUGUCAAAACAUUAGCCAGUCAGUCCCCAAUGUUUACAGAUGUUUUUGUGGCAAAUCAUUAGAUCCUCCAUGGAAUGUCAGGGAUGGAAUAACACCACAUAGCUGUGGAGAGUUAUGUAAAAAGAAGCGUGAUGCAGCUGACUGUCCACACCUUUGCAAUCAAUUGUGUCACCCAGGCCCUUGCCCAAGCUGUCCUGUGAUGGUAUCCAAGUCAUGUGAAUGUGGAAAAGAAAGUCAACAAUCAAGGUGUGGUCAAAAAAUUGUUAUCAAGUGCAAAUCAGUUUGUAGGAAGCCUUUAAAUUGUGGCGUACAUACAUGUGAGAAAAUUUGCCAUUCAGGUCCUUGUGAUUUAUGUGAUGUUUCUGAGGAGCAAGUUUGCUACUGUGGAGCUACCAAAAGGCAGGCCUUAUGUGGCUCAGGUGACAUAGAUAUUGUUGAUGGCAAAAAUGGUUGCUUCUCAUGUGAAAAUACCUGCAAUAGGACACUAGACUGUGGUAACCAUACCUGUGAUGCAGUCUGCCACAAGGGUGACUGUGCUCCAUGUAAACUCAAACCUGAGCUGAUCGUUACAUGUCCAUGUGGCAAGACAACUCUUUCACAGCUACUGGGAACAGAUGGGCAGAGAGAGUCAUGCUUAGAUCCAGUACCAACUUGUGAAAAAACAUGUGGAAAAAUCCUGCCUUGUAGUCCCAAGGAAGGCGAUAAAUCUAAUUCAUCAUCAGAGCAUCGCUGUAAAGAACCAUGUCACCAUGGUAAUUGUGGUCCUUGCGAUGGUGUAUCUGUAGUAGUUUGUAGGUGUGGGGCUGCUACAAAGAUAAUCAAGUGCUGUGAAAGAACUACUGAAGAUUAUUUGUGUGAUCAACGUUGCAACAAGAAGAGGCAAUGUGGACGCCACAGGUGUAACCAGAAAUGUUGUGUGAAUAAGGACCACAAAUGUGAGCUAAUCUGUGGCAAGAAGCUUCGCUGUGGCAUCCAUACCUGUGAUGAACCUUGUCACAGGGGUUACUGUCCUCCAUGCUUYAUGACAAGUUUUGAGGAACUUUCUUGUCACUGUGGUGCUACAGUACUCUUCCCACCCAUACCAUGUGGGACCCCACCACCUGACUGUACCAAGCCUUGCUCUAGACAGCAUCCAUGCUCACACCAAGUCAAUCAUUUAUGUCAUAAUGAAGAGGUCUGCCCUCCUUGUACUGUAUUAACCAAGAAAAUGUGUAGUGGCAACCAUGAACUGCGAUUGAACGUACAAUGUCAUGUGACAGACGUGUCGUGUGGUAAACGAUGUGGCUCUAUUCUUCCAUGUGGACACAAAUGCAUCAAUCUGUGCCACAAGCCCCCAUGUGUUAAUGAUCAAGAGCCAUGUACCCAACCAUGCAACGAACCACGUAAAGAAUGUGGUCACAUAUGUGGGGCACCUUGCCAUAAGGGAACACCUUGUCCAGUACUGCCCUGUAAAGUAAAGGUAAAAGUCUCCUGUAAAUGCGGCAGAAGAUCAGAAAUGGUUCCUUGUCUUCAAGGUGGAGACAAAUCUGCCUUGGCUCAGUUCUACCAACGCUUGACAACAGAAACCUUGGCCAACAAGAUGAAAGAAGUGCAGCAAGGACAAACCGUGGAUAUUGCUAGACUCAUGAUGCUCGAUGACAAAGCUACAAAACACAUUGAUUGUAACGAAGAAUGUGCGGUGCAAGAAAGAAACAGACGUUUUGCUGAAGCCCUUCAUAUUGAUGAAAGUACCGAAGCAGCUCUAAACGUACCCCGCAUGCUGUACUCGUCUUUCCUAGUAAACGAAGCUAAAAGCAACAUAGCCUUCAUACAGUCAGUGGAAGAAGCUUUUGAGAAUAUAAUUGAUAUCGCUAAAAAGUCACAGUCUGGUCAGAAGUCACAUUCUUUUCCUCCAAUGAAAUCAAACCAGCGUCGCAUCAUCCACGAGCUGGCUGUCCAUUACAACUGUUCAAGUAUAAGUUACUACUCCGAGCCAAAGCGUAACACCGUCAUCACUGCCACAAAAGAAUCGAAGGUGCCUCCGUCAACCUUAUCUGCGCAAGUCAAUCGACUGGUAAAUCCACCUGCUCCAACCCCUGUCCCGUAUCUACCGUCUGAUCUAGCCAGUAAAACCAGGUUAACGAAGAAAACAAAUGAAGAAGAAAAACCUAAGGCUUGGUCCCAGGUCCCUGACUACUUCGCUGACGACUUUGAUGAUUAAGUGCGAUGCUAUUGCUCAACUAGAGUGUCUUAUGCAAUCUUCCCCAUGUUUAGUUUUACGACGCUAUUCAAGUUUGCGCUGAUCAAAUAAAUAAAUAAAAUUAGCUAUUUAAA